GUAAUUAAUCUCUACGCUUCUCUCUCUGCAAUUACUCCUUGAGAGCCUCUCUCUCUAGAAUAUCGAGUAUUGCUGACUUAAGCGUCGGAGUGUUUUCCCUGAGAAAACAUCCUCAGGAUUUACAGGUGUGGAAGCAGCUGAGGACUUCAACAGUGUUAGAUUGUGAAGCUGCCCAAACAAAACUCAAUAAUAUUGAUGAAUUGAAGGAGUUGACCAAUUUGAAGGACUUGCUUUUGACAAAUAUGGAGCAAGAAUUUGUGAAGGAGCUUAAAGAAAGCCUAGGCAUGAUAGUCAGGGAAGAGAGCUUGAAGUUUUCUUCUGCCUGGGAAAAGAAUGCACAAGGAAUCGAAAAGAGCAUGGCAUCUACAAGUGGAAAUCAAGCUCUUGGAGUGAUCUCUGGGUUUCAGUAGGGUUGAGAGUAUCAUCAUAAUGACUUUACGCUGGUGUCAAGUCAAAGCAAGCAGCUCGCCAUGCAUUGGUCUUAUUUCUUUCUUUAUAUAUCCAGUGUGAUAUGGAUUUGGCUUAAAAAAACCUUGUGGUACGAAAUUUAUUAGCACAUGCUUUUCAUUUUUCUUGUAUCGUGCUAGAAUAAUCAUAGUUAAACUCAAUUUUUAGGAGGAAUAUACUGUAGUAAUUAAUUAUGGUCUUGUCCUAAAAUUUGCUUUCAUGUAUCAUUUACUCAUUGAGUUAUGGCCAAGUCUCUGUCCAUUUAAUGCUGAACUAUGCAUAAAAGCAAUGGAGCUUG